AGAGGUACAGCAUAGCUGCCUCUUGCUGCGUCGUUUGUUGUUACCAGUGAAGAAAAUAAACUUGUGAAGGUGGGCAUGGCAAGCGUCAAAUACCCUUACGGUAAAAUUAAUGAUCCAUGAUGCAUUGAGGGUUCCCCCCAGGCAGCCUCGAGUGGAAGACAUUUAGCAAAUUCGACGGACAUGGACGCCUCCAACAGCAGCACGGCCACGGGGCCCUCGGCGGCGGCGAAGGCGUUGUCCUCGGAGGCGCCGUACGACCCGUACCUGCUGGCGUACGACGUCCUGCUGGAUUACGACGUGCCGCCGGACCAGAUCCCGGACACCACGCAGGGCCGCGCCUUCUUUGUGGCCACCAUCGUCAUCGCCGUGGUGCUGGUGUGCAUCAUCCUGGUGUGCGGCGUGGGCAACUGCCUCUUCAUCGCCGCGCUCGCGCGCUACAAGAAGCUCCGCAACCUCACCAACCUGCUCAUCGCCAACCUGGCCGUGUCGGACGUGCUGGUGGCCGUGGUGUGCUGCCCCUUCCUCGUGGACUACUACGUGGUCAAGCAGCUGUCGUGGGACCACGGCCUGGUCCUCUGCGCCUCCAUCAACUACCUGCGGACCGUCUCGCUCUACGUGUCCACCAACGCACUGCUGGCCAUCGCCGUGGACAGGCAGGACCAGGACCAUCCCGUGAGCAGGCAGGACCAGCCCACAAUUAGCCAGGACCAGCCUGUGAGCAGCCGGGACCAGCCCGGAAGAAGCCAGGCCCAGGACCAUCCCGUGAGCAGCCAGGACCAGCCUGUGAGCAGCCAGGACCAGCCAGCAAGCAGCCAGCCCCAGGACCAACCCGUGAGCAUCUAG